AUGUCUGAUCUGCUGUGUACCUACACGGGCGAGGAACUUUUCGCCUACAUAGAUCCUAGAGAUACUCUUUGGGCCGAUCCAGCUAUAUCAAAUGGUAUUCACGACGAACUGCUCUGCGGUUCGCAUCAGUGGGCCAAAGCGCCCUCAGACAGGCUCCCGCAGUCUUGCGGUCUCCUAGACGAUCAACUCUCAUCCCUGAACAAGCCAUUGCCCGCUAAUAUCGAAUCGAUACUGUUCUCCCACGAUGGACCUCCUUCCACGCAAGAUAAUGCGCUAUCGACUCCUACAGCUGAGCGCUAUAUCUCUCCCGCAUCCCUAUAUCUCAGUCCCACGUCCGAUAACCACGAAGGAGCGGCCGAAUCUAGAUCUCCAAGCUUAGAGCGCAAGGAAACGGCAUCGUCUCCGCUUGGCCGCAAACCAGGGCGACGUGCAUCCAAGGUCCAAGACGGGCAGCGCGAAAGACAUCUGGAGAAAAAUCGCAUUGCCGCCAACAAGCAUCGCAAGAAAAAGAAGGAGUUUAUCCAGGGCUUGGAAUCCCGAUAUGACGACCAGCUGAGCCGGAAGGAUCAAUUAAAGGCUGAGGUGUCCUCGCUCCGCACGCAGGCGUUAGACCUGCAGGAACACCUGUUCACGCAUGCGCAAUCCGGUGAGCGGAGGGAGCGUGUUGCCUCCGCUUCUUUGAGCUCGAGCAACCCUCGUGUGUGCGGUACGAUCAGCAACCUAUGA